AUGAAGCUGGGGAAGCCAGGGUCCCAUUCUAGACUGCCGGGCCCCGAGCUAGUGGAGGUGGAUGAUUCUGGCUCCAUUUUUGCUGUGAUCCUCCGCUGUGGGGUUGGCUUCAUUUUCUUCUUCUUGGUGGUUGUCAUCAUGAUUGUCUGUAGGGUGAAAAUGACCAACAAAAAAGCCAUGAACACCCCUACUGUACAGCCAGUGUCAUUGGAGUCAAACCCUUCCAUGAAUUCCGGUACCCCGCUGGUCAAUCUCACCCACCUCUCAUCCAGCGAUGGGCUGAAGCUAGCAAAUGUCUCAGAGCUCGAGCUGCCUGCUGAUCCCAAGUGGGAAUUAGCGAGAUCUCGCCUGACUCUGGGGAAACCUCUGGGUGAAGGUUGUUUUGGUCAAGUGGUGAUGGCAGAAGCGACUGGGAUCGAUAAGGACAAACCAGACAAGGCCAUCACUGUAGCUGUCAAGAUGUUAAAAGAUCAUGCUACUGACGAGGAUCUUUCUGACCUGGUGUCCGAAAUGGAAAUAUUGAAAAUGAUUGGGAAUCACAAAAAUAUCAUUAACCUCCUAGGCGCCUGCACGCAGGAUGGUUUCUGGCCCAGCAAGCAGAGCGGUUUCCCCCUGUAA